AAAAUUUAAUCGAUGUCGAUAAAAUAAAAUGCAUCUCUGUCAUCUUCGCACAGGUUGUUAGGAUAUAAAUGUCAUCAUCGACCAGUGACCAACGAUUUCAUAUACCAUCUUCUGUAGUGUAUGAUACGGUCGUUCGGUUUUCUUGAAAGAAUCCCUAUCAUCCAAGAACCGAUGAAGACUUGUACGAUGUCGAGGUCGGAAGAGAGAAGUUGUCAGAAGAACUGGAAAGAGACCGAGCAGGGUUCCGAGAUGUGGUUCAAGGAUACCCACACGGUCCUAAUAACGCCCAUUUUGGACCUAUGUCGGGCCCUGACAGGUCAGCUGGAGCUAAUAACGUUGCUACGACCGGAGCAGCGGGAGCGAUUCAUCGAGGAGAUCCGUAGGGCUCUUCCAGAGGUGUUGUUAGCGCCAGUGGGGAAGGAGACAACCUCUCGAGGAACCCUUACGCAAUUUCCGUGGAGAAGCUUUCCGUCAAAGGAGUUACACGAGACAGUAGAGUAUGUAGUUCCGGCGCCAAUCCAGAGCGAGGAGACCGAGUUGUCGACAGCACAGGAACCUGCACCAACGGAGAAGACGGAGCGUCUACCGAUGACUGACAAUCUGAAACCCAUUGAGCCAUUAGAAGCGAGUUUUGCAUCGGGCGACAUCUCAGCUAGGAAUCUGCUAUCGUCAACGAUGCCAGCAGAGAUGGAGGCCAUUGCGGCCCGCUCUGAACCUCAACUCGAACCCAGCCAGGGAAAUUCGACGGAGCAAAUGAUGCUUGGGGUCCGCACGAAGAUGGGACUGGUUGUCCCUUUCUUACCACCGAUAAGAGACCUGGACAGCGACUCGGAGGCCGAACCGGGUCCUUUUGAUAAGGACCCGCGACGUAAGCGUCGGACAGCCGCUUUGCUUGUGUCGCCGAUGGCCCAAAUGUUACGCUCAGUGUCACCGGCUCCAAAGACGUCGAGCACGGAGUUGUGCCGGAUCGAGGAAACUAGCCCCGUCGCCCAUCCUUUGAUGGGCGACGAGUGUUGGAAUUGCCUUCAAUUGGGACACUCAUAUUCACAGUGUCCUCAGCCGCGCCGUAGAUUCUGUUAUGGAUGCGGCAUGCCAGGGAUGUUACGGAAAGGGUGUUCGAAAUGCGCCAGCAGGGAAGCACGGCGUCGGCGUCGGUAGAUCCAUUAUGCUGGUCUGCCCAGGACAAUGGUAAAGCAAAUCCCGAUCCAGGAGGUAAGAAGUGGACAGACUCAGGGUAUGAGUUAGCUCCCGGAAUGGAAGAAAGUAUGAAUUGGACGCCACAACGUUGGGCUCAAAGUUAGCCCAGACUGACGAAAGUUUGUUUACUUUUAUUGAUCUCUUAUCGCGUUGUUUUAGGUUGGUGUCAUUCUGUCUUCUCUAGUAGCAACCCGUCAAACCCUCCCCUGUCGAUUUGAAGCACCAACAGUGCCGUACCGUUUCUUUUUGUCGAAAUUUCAAGACUUUUUCAGUUAGUUAGCUUUAUGAUCCGGUCAGAGGAAUGCCUCAUUUCCAUACAGACGGAAAAGACGCGGAAUCGACGCGCAGCGCGGAACAUGGAAUAAGCUGUCUCCAGGGCAUUUCACGCUGUGCACCGAUUCCGCGGGCUUUCCGCGCGAAUGGAAAUUAACCUUUAGGUUUUCCUCAUGAGCGUACCGUAGCGUCUUGUUAUGUUGUUUGUUCUAUCAUUCGUUACGAGAGUAUAAGAUUUUCCUUUGUUUAUCUUUAUUAUCCUUACCGAUCGGGGAAUUGUUAAACGUUAUACUGUUUUUAUUUUUUUUUAAUACCGCAGGAGUAACUUUUUUUCUAAGAUUUGAGAUACCCUCCAAUCACAAGACGUUCUGGACUGCCAAAUCGUACUAUUAGGAGAGGUUAUAUUAUCAUCAUCAAAUAGCUAGAUCAAUAGAUUCGCUUCUUUAGUCUGUAAUUCUUGCCUGUCCCAGCUGGGGUGAUAAAGUUUUUUGGCUGAAAGGUGAUGCAUGGUACCACCUUGGAAACUCGUUAUUUAGUCGAUAUGGAUCGGGUCCUGUCUUCUUUACCCGAGUUUAAUGAUUUUUUUAAUCUGGAUUAUUAUUUGAGCGUUAUAGAAGAAAUAAUGACAGACGAUAGAACCUCAUGCAGGACUUGUGCAAAAGUAGGCACAGAUAACCCAAUGGUUCAUGCCAUAUAAGAAUGAGGAUAAUAGAUAGUAGGACGUGGUUCCUGGUUUUCGUUGGUGGAAGAAAAGAGAGCACAUUACUGCAUCAACUCGUGCUUAUCCGUCGGUGAGAAAAUGACAGAUAUACGGAGUGUGGAUACGAGAGUUAGUUCGUUGAACCUGUAAAUGCGAGAUUAAUGAAUAUAAUGGACAAUAGUAGUGCUAAUGCACGGAGAAGUAACUAUCGACAUUUUCAAAGUUGGGAUAAUUCUCAUCGAGAUUCGCCCUAUCUUAGUAGGCUUCUAUGGUCGGAAUUAAUUGGCAUUUGGGAAAAAAUGCUCUUUCCCUUACUCAGUAGCAUACAUACGUUUAAGUGAGGAAUAGGGAUCCUACAAUUAUCUCUAUCUCUCUUCAAUCCUUAAUUGACUUCUUUCCAGCAAUCAACAGAAAAUGUAGUCAGUCCAAUAUUACAUGUCAAUCAUCGUCAAAACUAUCGUGGAAUUAGGUUUGCACCUACACUGGGAUGGGAUAAGAGAUUUUAAGUUCGAGUAAUGUAAUUGAGAAUAUUACGGUAAUUUAAAAAUCCCUAGAAAAUUUUAGGGAAUAUGAGACAACUUUGACAAUUUAUAUUUAAAUGAUCUUUUCCAGAAUGAGAAUUUAUAUUUGAAUGAUCUUUUCCAGAAUGAGAAUUUACAUUUAAAUGAUCUUUUCCAGAACGAGAAUUUAUAUUUGAAUGCUCUAUUCCAAAAUAAUUUAUUAUUUAUAAUGGUAUUAAUUAUAUUAUUAACG